UGGUAGUUAUGCUGGCCCUUGCUUUUCUUGGUGCUCUUUAAUCAACUUUUCUGUCCAUCCCAAAGUUGUCUCAUGAAUUACUCAGCUUUGGCUUAGGUGACCGUAACUUAUGAACUUUCAUGUUACACAGUUACACCUUACUUAACAGUUAUCGUCGAACCAAAGUCUUUCGAUAAGAAUGUCAAGGGUGGUAUCAAACGGAUGCACAGAAUCUCGGCUUUGUACCGUCCUUUCUGUAUUUAAUUAUCAACGCGAUAUAAUGGGUCAAUUAAUGAGUGUCUCUAAUUCAAUUUUCGAUUCAAAAUUUGGCUGAAAGAGAAAUUGACUUAUGUCAUCCCAAAAUUCUUGAAUAUGAACACAAACACAAACAUAUUAGAUUGAUCAAAUAGACAUUCUUCAAAUCAAAAAUAUGCUUUUAAGUUAAAUGUUAGACUAUAAUAUACUAGUUUAGUUUAUGACAUGUGUGCAAAGUACGAGUUUAAAUAAAUAUUUUCAAUUUAUUAUUUAUCUGAAAAAUAUUUUUUUUUAUUUGACUAUAUACAUUAUCAUCUUUUUAACGUAUACUCAGUGAAUGAUGUCAUCUAGGUGAUGUUAUAGUAUUUGUCUAUUUGUUAUCUGAUCAUGGUUAUAAGCGGGGCCGUGUUUUUUUUCCAAGAGAACAUUUUUAUUUAUAACAACAAAUCAACAGGUCCCUUAAUCGAAUUCGCACAAAAAAUCUGAGUAAAAAAUAUGAUAGCACUAGCCUCUCCCGGAUCAUCUCUCUUCAUAAUAUGUAUAUUCAUAAUAUGCAGUAAUUCCGUUGUCCUGUCCGAUUAUUAUAAUCAUAGAUGUGACUAUAAUGUUAACUACACCGAUAACGGUGUUUUUAAGACAAAUCUCGACACCGCUCAAGCCGCUCUCAUCGAGGCUACCAAGGCUAACAACUCUGGUUUUUACACUGCCUCCGAGGGAGAAGGUUCGGACCAAGUUCAUGCUCUUGUUUAUUGUCGAGAUGACAUGCAACCUGAUAUCUGCAGAAUCUGUGUCAAGGACUCGAUGAACAAGUUAAAAGACUCAUGUCAGACUAAGAAGGCAUGUAUAUGGUACGAUGAGUGCGUUCUUAGAUACUCGAAUGCUUUUAUUUUUGGCAAAGUUGAAACUACGCCGCUUGUUGUGAGACCAAAUCAGCUGAAUGUUAGUGAUAUGGAGCAGUUUAACACGAACCUUGAGGUUUUGAUGGAUAGGUUGGAGAGACGAGCUGAACAAGACAAGUUUUCUUCAGGGAAUAAUACUGGUCCAAAUUCAAGAACUAUCUAUGCGCUCAUGCAGUGCAGUCCUGAUUUAUCUUCAACGGGGUGCAUGAUUUGUAUUGAUAAGCUCAGGAAAGAGGUGCCAUCGCAUUGUAGUGGAACGGAAGGGCGUGUAUUAGUUCCAAGCUGUCAUCUUAGAUAUGCAACUGAUGUACGUUUUUUUAACGAGAGAUUUAUUGAUGCACCACCGCCACAGCCAGGUAAAGAUGGUCAUAAAACGCGAACAAUAAUUAUUGUUGUUGUUGUCAUUGCUGGGGUUGUUUUAGUGCUGCUUGCUGUGGUUGGCAUCUUUAAAAGAAAGCAAAAGCAGAGGACUCCUUCUAACAAUCGAUUUCCGAAUGAAAAUGUGGAUGAUAUGAGUACAGCUAAAUCCUUGCAAUUCGAAUUCAGUACUAUUGAAGUUGCUACCAAUUGCUUCUCGGAUGACAAUAAGCUUGGACAAGGAGGGUUUGGAGCUGUUUACAAGGGAACACUUCAAAAUGGUCAAGAAAUAGCUGUGAAAAGGCUUUCUAGAGGUUCAGAUCAAGGUCAACAAGAAUUCAUUAACGAGGUCAUGUUGGUGGCAAAAUUGCAGCACAGAAAUUUGGUUAGACUCCUUGGUUUCUGCUUUGAAGGAACCGAAAGACUUCUUAUCUAUGAGUUUGUGCGUAAUGCAAGUCUUGACCACUUCAUAUUUGAUUCACAGAAGCGUUCAUAUUUGGAUUGGGAAAGACGUUACAAGAUCAUAGGUGGAAUUGCCAGGGGAAUACUUUACCUUCACGAAGAUUCUAGAGUAAGGAUUAUUCAUCGUGAUUUGAAAGCUAGCAAUGUGUUGCUAGAUGCCGAGAUGAAUCCUAAGAUUGCAGAUUUUGGCAUGGCAAGGCUGUUCAACUUGGACGAAACUCAAGCAGUUACAAGCAGAAUUGUGGGAACAUAUGGAUACAUGGCACCUGAGUAUGCAAUGUACGGCCACUUCUCAGUCAAGUCUGAUGUUUAUAGCUUUGGUGUAUUAGCUUUGGAAAUAUUAAGUGGUCAGAAGAACCAUAGUUUCAGGAACGGGGAGAGCGUGGAAGACCUUGCGAGCUUUGCUUGGAAGAAUUGGCGAGAAGGGACUCCAUCUAAUGUCAUAGAUCCUAUAUUGAGAAACAGUUCAGGAUCAAUACAGGAAAUGAUAAAAUGUAUUCAGAUCGGGCUACUAUGCGUGCAAGAAAACGUUGCAGACAGACCUAACAUGGCCUCUGUGGUGCUUAUGCUAAGUAGCUUCUCGAUCACUCUUGCUGUACCCUCGCAGCCUGCAUUCUUUAUGGAGAGCAGAAUUGGUCAGGAAAUGCCAUUGUCUGCAGAUAGAACUAAUUCCAGGGCGAGCGACAGAUCUAGCAGCAGCAAAGGAAAUUCUGAUAAGUACUCUAUUAACGAGGCUUCAAUCACCGAUCCAUAUCCACGGUGAUGUGUGCUAUGAGUGCUCGAUUAUCUAUACUCUCGAUUAUCUAUACUCUGGAUUUUAUCUGUUAACUAGCCUAAGAUUAUGUAUUCCGGCUAAGAUUGAUCAGCAGUGUGUUUGACAUGUUUUAUUAGCACCGAAAAUUACGUGUUCCUGCUAAGAUUGAUUGUCUAGAUUAUUUGCUCUGUUUUAAUGUCUUCGUGCCUCGGUUUGUAAACUAUUUGAAGUUUUACAUAUGUAGUUAUAUUUUUACUAUUUCAA